AUGGCGCUUGAUGUGAGAAUUUUCGAAACAAUCUCUCCUUCUCGAUUCAUCUCCUUCACAAUCCCUAACCCUAAUUCACCGUCACAUCUCCUCCGAGUCGCCGUCCUCGACUCACCGAUUCAUUCAUCCACCCGAAUCGCCGCCGCCAUGCUCGUCCCGAAGCACCGAGAAACCGAUUGGAUCUUCUCCACCGAGUCAGGCCAUCUCCAGCUCCUCCUUAACCUCCCCGAAAUCUCUCGUUUGAUACUCAUCGGAGGCGCCUCCGAUACCGAAGAUAACGAGAGACUCGAGCAGAGACUGAAACCUCUCGUUAUAGCUCUCUCUCCCAAAACGCUAACCAAAGAAGAAGUACCAUUUCUGAUUUACGAGGACGACGUCGUAUCGAGAGUAGAGAUUGAGAGAUCCGUUGGACCUUACGUAGGUGAAAUGUUAAUCGAAGAUGUAGAGAUUGAGAUGGAUUUAGGUGUAAGAGAGUUUAGGAGGAGGUUGAGGUUUAAGAGAAUGCCUAAUUUAGUUCAAUCCGAAAUCAAGAUUGUUCCUGGAAGAAGUGGAGAGGAGGUUAAGCUUCAGCUUAGGGAGCUUGUGCAUCCUUACUUAGCACCAAUGGUUGCAAGUCUUUCUUUGAUUGGUUAUGAGUUGAGAGGUAAGCCAAAGGCGUUGUGUAUUGGUGUUGGAGGUGGAGGGUUGCUUAGUUUCUUGAAGUUAGAGUUAGGGUUUGAGGUUACAGGUGUGGAGAUAGAUCCUGAAGUGUUGAGGAUCGCUAGGGGGUACUUUGGGUUGGAAGAAGGGUUUGCGAGUGUUCAUGUUGGAGAUGGUGUUGAGUUCUUGAAGAGGCUUUCUUGUAGUGAUGAUGAUGAUGAGAGAAAGUUUGAUGUGUUGAUGGUUGAUCUUGACUCGAGUGAUCCGAUUCACGGCGUGAGUGCUCCUCCGGUUGAGUUUGUGGCGAGAGAUGUUUUGCUUGCUGCAAGGGGAGUGCUUGUUUCUGGUGGGGUUUUUGUUAUCAAUGUUAUUCCUCCAAGUAAGAGAUUCUAUGAAGAGCUGAAGUAUGUGUUUAGAGAGGUGUUUGCUGAGUUGUAUGAGAUUGAUGUAGGGAAUGGUGAAAACUUUGUUCUCAUUGCAACUGUUUCAGUUAGAGAUGGCAAGAGAGGUUUUACUUUAGAGAAUCUAGCACCAGUUGUAUUGAAGUAUAUUGAUGCAAUACAGAGGAUUUAA